GACUCAUCACAGCAUCAGAAUAGACAAGAAUUCACUGUGAGCUUCACAUCUCAUUACAGCUAAUGGACCAAUCAAAUCAGUCCACAGCUUCAAAACAUCCAAUCAGGCGUGAGUCUGGACCUGGUUUUCUACUGAACACACAAGUUCAUUACCUCACUAUCACUUUGUCUAAACAGGAACGAUGAUCACACUCUUUGUGGCUCUUUACUCUCUGCUUUGUCUCUGCACAACUGGAAACACUUCUGACAUCAAGGAGCUUCAUGUGAAACCAGUAAAGCCUGGAGAAGCUGUAACUAUGGAGUGUAACAUUAGUGGGGACAAAGACAAAAAUAAAUUAGCUUGGUACAGACAGAGUUUUGGAGAAGUGCCUCAUGUUUUUGUAAGACAGUACGGGCAGAGUUUUACAUUUUUUGAUGGAUCUAAUAAUAGUCGCAUCAGUGUUACUGUAAAUAACCAAAAGUUUGAUCUUAACAUUACUGAAAUAAGUAAAGACGAUGGAGGAGAAUAUUUCUGUGGAUAUGUGGAGGGAAGUACAGUAAAGUUCACAUCUGGAACACGUCUGCAGUUUGAAGGUGAAGAGAUGAAACCCUGUCCUACACCUGGAACACUUAACAAGAACACACACUCUGUUACACACCAGGGUUCAAACAGCAGAGAUGGAGAAGGUUCCAGCUCUACUGAUCAGAUGCGUGUGCUGUUCUGGCUCUCUGUUUCUAGAGUUGGAGUUCUUGUCUUCAUUAUUUUUCCAACGAUGCUGAUUGUUUACAAAUUAAAAUACAAAUUUUAAUAAAAUGGA